AUGGAUGAUGAUUCGGAAAGAGAUGAUGUUUUGGAACGCGCGGCAAAAUGCCUAUCUGCUGCUUGCGGAAAAGUUGCAUCCGGUCCGAUUGUUAGAGAAUGGCAGUUUUUACCACAGGCUGAUAGUGAUCAUCCUGUCAUGUUGAAAAUACGUGAUACAACUUUGCUAGACGAUGAUGUUGGUUUCAAGACGUGGGGUGCCGCUUAUUUAUUAGCAAGACGUUGUACGUCAGGUUUUGCUAUGCCGUUGGAUCAACUUCGGUCGAAUCCUCUUCUCGAGAUCGGGACCGGUACCGGCUUGGUCGGUCUGACUUGUGCGAAAUUGGGUUGCCCAAAAGUUAUUCUAACGGAUUGCCAUCCACGUGUUCUCUCUAACGUCAUUUAUAACGUUCAAUUUAAUAAAUUGGAUUCAACUGUAAAUGUGGAAAAACUGGAUUGGAGAGAAAUUGCUUGUGGUGAAAAAGAAAAUCCUAUUUCAGAUAUAUCUAAAGAAAAAUUUGAAAUUAUUAUCGGUGCAGAUAUUGUGUAUGAAAUUCCGCAUACCGAUUGGAUACCGAAAGUGAUAAAUCAUUUCUUAUCACCAAAGGGAAUCUUUUAUUUAACGAUUCCUCUUCGUUCAACUCAUACUAAAGAAGUUACGUUGUUUGAAAAACGAAUGUGUGAACAUGGGUUUAUUCCUAAAAGGUGUGAAGAGGAACAAGGCUUAGAUGAUUUCAGUGGAAUGCAAGAAUACAGAUAUUAUGAAUGGAUGAAAGCUCCAAUAAAGUUUUAUGCAGACUAA